AUGAUAGAGAAGAUCGACGAGCUCAAAGAGAAGGUCAUCUACUUGAGAACCCAGAAGUCCCAGCUUCGCGACAGGCUCAUGAAGGCCGAAACCCUAGCUGCCCAGUUGAGGACCAAGCAAGCCGAGCUUACGUCGGCGGUCCAGGAGAAGCAGGGCAAGCUCUCCGCCAUGGAAGAAGACUCGAUCAAGAUCAACAUGGAGCUCACUUCCCUCAGAGAACUCGUACAGCAGCAGAAGCAGCAAGCUUACUCCGGCGAGACGGAGGAGCAGCAGCAGCAGCAAGCUCCCGCCGGCGAUACGGAGGAGGAGGAGCAGCCACAAGUUCCCGCCGGCGAUACGGAGGAGCAGGAGCAGCCACAAGUUCCCACCGGCGAUACGAACGAGCAGCAGCAGCCACAAGUUCCCGCCGGCGAUACGAACGAGCAGCAGCAGCAGCAAGUUCCUGCCGGCGAUGCGGAGGAGCAGCAACAGCAGCAAGUUCCCGCCGGCGAUAGGGAGGAGCAGCAGCAGCAACAAACUCCCACCAACCAUACGGAGGAGCAGCAGCAGCAACAAACUCCCACCAACCAUACGGAGGAGCAGCAGCAGCAGCAAGCUCCCGCCGGCGAUACGGAGGAAGAGAAGCAGCAGCAAGCUCCCGCCGGCGAGACGGAGGAAGAGAAGCAGCAGCAAGCUCCCGCCGGCGAGACGGAGGAAGAGAAGCAGCAGCAAGCUCCCGCCGGCGAGACGGAGCAACAGCAGCAGCAGCAAGCUCCCGCCGGCGAUACGGAGCAACAGCAGCAGCAGCAGCAAGCUGACGCCAGCGAGACGGAGCAACAGCAGCAGCAGCAAACUCCCGCCGGCGAGACGGAGCAACAGCAGCAGCAGCAGCAAGCUGACGCCGGCGAGAUCGAGGAACACCAGCAGCAGGCUCCUGCCGGAGAGACGGAACAACACCAGGAGCAGCAAGCUGACGCCGGCAGUACGGAGCAACAGCAGGAGCAAGCUUCCGCGAGUGAGACGGAGCUGUGGCAGCAGCAACAACAGCAAGCCCCCGCCGGAGAGAUGGAAAUGCACCAGCAGCAAGCUAAUGCCGGCGAGAUGGAGCUGCAGCAAGGCCAGCAAGCUGACUCCGGCAAGACGGAGCAUCAGGAACCAUGGAUCCAUUCGGAAGACUGGACUCUGCCAGACCGCGGCAAGGGAGAGGUCGUGGGUAAAGGAGACGAGGUUAAAGACGGGGGAGAGAACGACGGCCCAGAGAGAGAAAAUUCCAAGAGAGAGACCUGGUUGACGCUGGAGACCAACGUUGACGAGGGUAAGGACGUUUCAGAGGAGAGAAUCCAGGGUCAGGAAUCCCUGAUCAAAGAAGCUGAUCUUCAGCUGGAGGGUACCGCCAUGGAUGGAGAGCUUCCAAGCUUGAAGGAGGAAGAUGGAAUCUCCGACGCUGCGGCGGCGAAAGCUAGCGUUUUGCAAGACAAGCCGGCGAAGGUCUCUUCAGAAGAAUCGGAGGGUAGAAAACGAGGGCGGCGGUCCCACAGGAGGAGAGCCAAGGGGAGGAGGAGAAGUGGCAGCGGCGGCGGCGCCACCUCUCCGGCGCACAAAGCGGCGGCUUCCGAGGAUCCCCAUGAAAAUCAUCAAACUUCGCGGGAGCUCGGCCCGGAGGAGUCAGCGCGCUCUAAUGGCGAAGGUAAUUCUGAGAAUACCAGAGGAAGACGACCAGAAGGGGAGGAGACGAUCGGAAGGACAAUCAUGGCGGGAGAAGGGGAGAAGGUGGAAGACAAUAUCGGCGAGGAAGGGAGAACCACGCAGGUAGAAGUCAACGAGAUCGUGGAAGAGAGAAAGGGAGGGGGGGGCGGCGUCCUCCGCCUGCGAGGCUCUGCCGCCGGCGCUGAUGAGGGCGGCUUUCAGAGACCUUGA